AUGGCCGGAAAAGGUAAGGGGCCGGCAAUCGGGAUUGAUUUGGGAACCACCUACUCGUGCGUCGGCGUGUGGCAGCACAACCGCAUCGAGAUCAUAGCCAAUGAUCAAGGAAACCGCACGACGCCGUCCUACGUUGCUUUCGUCGACGGCGAGCGUCUCAUCGGCGAAGCCGCCAAGAACCAGGCCGGCGUGAAUCCCGCCAACACCAUCUUCGAUGCCAAGCGGCUGAUCGGGAGACGAUACAGCGACACCACUGUGCAGGCCGACAUAAAGCUGUGGCCGUUCAAGGUUGUCCCGGGCCUCACGGACAAGCCCAUGAUUGUGGUCUCCUACAAGGGCGAGGAGAAGCGAUUCCCCCCUGAGGAGAUAUCGUCCAUGGUCCUCACCAAGAUGGCCGCCAUUGCAGACUCUUUUCUGGGCCCCACCACUGUCCGGGAUGCUGUCAUCACUGUCCCGGCCUACUUCAGCGACUCUCAGAGACAGGCCACCAAGGACGCCGGUGCCAUUGCCGGCCUCAAUGUCAUCCGCAUCAUCAACGAGCCCACUGCUGCAGCCAUUGCCUAUGGCCUCGACUACAAGGCAGACGCCUCCUCCUGGGGAGAGAAGAAGAAUGUGUUUGUCUUCGACUUGGGUGGUGGCACCUGCGACGUUUCCCUCCUCACAAUUGAUGAGGGUACCUUCGAGGUGAGGGCCACCGCUGGUGACACCCACCUUGGCGGGGAGGAUUUCGACAACCGCAUUGUAGCUCACUUUGCCGCCGAGUUCGAGCGCAAGUACGGCAAGAACCUCUCCAAAAAUCCCCGAGCACUACGGAGGCUGAGGACCGCCGGCGAGAGGGCAAAGAGGAUUCUAUCGACCAACACUCAGACCGCUGUGGACAUUGAGUGUCUGCACGAGGGCAUUGAUUUCCACUCUAACAUUACCCGUGCUAGAUUCGAGGAUCUCAACAUGGACCUGUUUAAAAAGUGUGUCGAGCCCGUCGAGAGCUGCCUGAGAGACGCUGGGGUGGACAAAACUGUCAUCCAUGAGGUUGUUCUGGUUGGAGGCUCGACCAGAAUUCCCAAGGUUCAGCAGAUGCUGCAGUUUAUUUUCGAGGGAAAGGAGCUGUGCAGGAGCAUUAACCCGGACGAGGCUGUUGCGUACGGGGCUGCCGUGCAGGCUGCCGUCCUAAGCGGCAUAAAGGACAACAAGGUGCGGGACCUCGUCCUCCUUGAUGUGACCCCUCUCUCCCUCGGAAUAGACUCUCUUGGGGAUGUCAUGAGCUUCGUGGUCCCGCGGAACACGACUAUCCCCACGCAUAAGCAGCAUACAUUCACCACGGUUUGCGAUGACCAGACAUCUGUGCAAUUCCUUGUAUACGAGGGCGAACGGGCGAGGUCAAAAGACAACAAUCUGUUAGGGAAGUUCACACUGGAUGGGGUCCAACCUGCCCCACGGGCAAUACCCAAACUGGACGUGUGCUUCAAAAUUGACGUCAAUGGGAUACUGAGCGUGUCGGCCAAGGAGAGGUCGACGGGCAAUACGAACGGGAUCACUAUAACCAACGAAGAAGGGAGGCUGUCGAAAGAGGAGAUUGAUAGGAUAAUCUGUGAUGCCGCUAGGUACAGGGCGGAGGACGAAGAGUUUGCGAGGAGGGCCAAAGCUAGAAGCAGCCUCGAAAAUUACGCUUAUAAUGUGAGGAACACGGUCAGGGCUGCAAUCGGGCUGGCGGCGGCCGACCGGACAAUGGUGGAGGAUGCGGCUGUGUCGAUUAUUGAGUGGGUGGGGGAGAAUUGGAUGAAGGCCAGUGUGGAUGAGUUCAACCUUAAGAGGAGGGAGCUUGAACGCAUUUGUAGCCCUAUCAUUAAAGUUGAUCAUUAA